AUGCCUCAAAGACAGCCUCAGUCACCUAAUCAGACUUUCAUUUCAAUCUCUAAUGAUACAGAAUCAUCCAGCUCUGUUGUUCCUAAUGAUACCAAAAAUAAAGGAUGGACCGGAGACAACUCUCCAGGAAUAGAAGCAUUAUGUGCCAUCUAUAUAAUGUAUGCUGUGAUCAUUUCAGUGGGCAUCCUUGGAAAUGCUAUUCUCAUCAAAGUCUUUUUCAAGACUAAAUCCAUGCAAACUGUUCCAAAUAUUUUCAUCAUGAGCCUGGCUUUUGGAGACAUAUUACUUCUGCUAACUUGUGUGCCGGUGGAUGCAACUCAUUACCUUGCAGAAGGAUGGCUGUUCGGAAGAAUUGGAUGUAAGGUGCUCUCUUUCAUUCGGCUCACUUCUGUUGGUGUAUCGGUGUUCACCUUAACAAUUCUCAGCGCUGACAGAUACAAGGCAGUCGUGAAGCCUCUGGAGCGACAGCCUUCCAAUGCCAUCCUGAAGACCUGUGCCAAAGCUGGCUGCAUCUGGAUCAUGUCUAUGAUAAUUGCUCUACCAGAGGCUAUAUUUUCAAAUGUAUAUACUUUUCGUGAUCCUAGCAAAAAUAUGACAUUUGAAUCAUGUGCCUCUUAUCCUGUUUCAGAGAGGCUCUUGCAAGAGAUACAUUCUCUGCUGUGCUUUUUAGUGUUCUACAUUAUUCCACUCUCUAUUAUUUCUGUCUAUUAUUCUUUGAUUGCUAAGACUCUUUACAAAAGCACCUUGAACAUACCUACUGAAGAACAAAGACAUGUCCGCAAGCAGAUGGAAUCCCGGAAGAGAAUUGCCAAAACAGUGUUGGUGCUGGUGGCUCUGUUUGCUCUCUGCUGGUUGCCGAAUCACCUCUUAUAUCUUUACCGCUCAUUCACUUCUCAAACCUACGUGGACCCCUCUGCCAUUCAUUUUAUAAUCACCAUUUUCUCUCGGGUUCUGGCUUUCAGCAAUUCUUGUGUAAACCCCUUUGCUCUUUACUGGCUGAGCAAAACCUUCCAGAAGCAUUUUAAAGCUCAAUUAUUCUGUUGCAAGGCAGAGCUGCCUGACCCUCCUCCUGCAGAUACCCCUCUUAACAACCUGUCUGUGAUGGGAAGGGUCCCCUGUGCUGGGAGCACACAGGUUUCUGAAAUUAGUGUGACUUUGUUCACUGGGUGUAGUGUGAAGAAGGAAGAUGACAAAGUCUAG